UCAAGAGUUUGAUUCGUGAUACCUUGGUGGAUUUAGGGACCGAUUCCCUUUUCUCGGUCCUCGUUGCCAAACCCCUUCUUUAGUUGUCCCCGAAUCCGAAGGGACACAAUCACAGCGACCAUGCUGUCGCCACCACUGUCGCUGAAGCGCUCCUUGCUUCUAUCAGCCCUCUUCGCCUCUUCCCUACUAUCGAAUGGUGUAUUGGCGCAACAAAAUAACAACGACAAAUCAAGUUCAUCAUCGUCGACAUCUCUCUCCUCUAGCUCGGCCAAGGCAACGGCCACUCCUACUUCGACCGGCACUGAUAGCAUACCCCCCUUGACGGUCGGCAACACAGAAGCAGCGACGGGACCACCUGCACUCCUAACCGGUCUUCCAACUCUCACCAAAAUUGGUAUCCCGGAAUAUCCCGCGCCGACCGUUCCUCCCACGCAAAAUGCGCCCUUCAUGAAGCACUCGUCGCUCCCCGACGGCACCGUCUUCAUCUGCGUCGGCGCCAUCCUCGGCGCUUUCGGUCUGGCUGUUGUCAUCUGGCGCACCGUCAUCGCAUGUCUCCUGCACCGUUCCGUUGAGCGCGCCGCCAUGGCCCAGUCUAUUGGCAGCGACAAGGCCUUCCCGCCUCCGCCCAAGUUUUACAAGUAUCAGGACCUCAACUCGAACCCCUCGCUCGUCGCCGGCAGCAACACCGGUGCUGCCGGCAACCGCCGCAAGUCGCGCGGCCCGGCGCCCUCCGCCGGUACCCCAAGCCAGAGUCAACUGUUUUUCUCGCCGACUGCGCAACAGGGAGACCGCAACAGCACCAUGGCCAACAACCGCCACUCGACCUUCCUCCCAUCCGGGUUCUACGCUUCUUCGGCCGCUGCUCCUAUGGGCCACAGCCACGGUAAUUCGAUCAGCAUGUCGAACCUCCGCCCGAUGUCGAGACGGCCUAGUGGUGGUAGCAUGAUGGGACAAACGCCGCCUGAGUCGCCUAAUGUUGGACCGGUAAUGGGAAUGGCGACAAGGACACCGUCGUCGAGAGCGUUCAGCAGCAGCUCGGGCAACCAGUUGAACAGGUCCGAGAGCGAGCGCGCACCGAGCGCAUUUUUAGAUGAUUUGUUGGGAGAUAACCCGCAGGCGUUCCCUCCUCCGGGUGGGUACAAUAACCCUGGUUAUCAUGGGGGACAUCAUGAUCCUAGGCACAGCGGGAGGUACUAAGCUGGUUGAGGAUUCGGAUAACGGAAAAAGGAACUACAGGAGGCACUCAUGCUGCAGAGAUCCCAGGACGGGAACAUCAAGUCAAACCAGCUCCGGCCACCGAUACCCUGCGGUGACAGGGCUGUACACCUAAUCCAACCAAGUUUCCUUGAACAUCUGGGGAGGCAUUCAAAGAUCUGGGGAGUUCAGCGGUUCGGGGUUUGAAAAAUACCAAUCAUCAUCAUUAUCGUCAUCGUCAACGCCUUCGCCAUCAUCAUUACUUACCAUACCUCUUUUUAUCCAAUUCGGUCUUAAA